AUGAAAGCCAUGGUACCUCUGCUGCAGAUUGGCCUGCUGCUCUUCUUUGCCAUUCUCAUGUUCGCCAUCAUCGGCCUUGACUUCUACAUGGGCAAGUUCCAUCGCACCUGCUUCAGGAUAGACACAGGUGAGCAGACAGGUGAGUUCCCCUGUGGCCUGGAGGCUCCAGCGAGGACCUGUGGAAACGGCACCUCCUGUAUGGAGUACUGGAUCGGACCCAACUAUGGCAUCACCAACUUUGACAACAUCCUCUUUGCUAUUCUCACCGUUUUCCAGUGCAUCACCAUGGAGGGAUGGGUGGACAUCCUCUACAACGCCAAUGAUGCCUCAGGGAACACAUGGAACUGGCUGUACUUCAUCCCACUCAUCAUCAUCGGUUCCUUCUUCAUGCUCAACCUGGUGCUCGGCGUGCUGUCAGGGGAGUUUGCCAAAGAAAGAGCGAGGGUGGAGAAGAGGCAAGAUUUCCUGAAGCUCCGCAGACAACAGCAAAGAGAGAGAGAGUUGAUUGGAUAUCUGGAGUGGAUCUGCAAAGCAGAGGAGGUGAUGCUGGCUGAGGAAGACAAAAAUGCAGAGGAGAAAUCUUUGGAUGGAGCUUGGUACAAAAGAAAACACAAUAACUCAGUGCUGAAGAGGACAAAGAAGAGUAAGAAUGACCUCAUCAAUGCAGAGGAGGGCGAGGACCACCUCACUGACAUCUCAUCUGCUGCCCCCCCAGGGUCACCGUUUACCCGGGCCAGCGUGAAGAGCAAGAACGAGAACACAUCCUACUUCAAGAGGAAAGUGAAGAGGAUUCGCUUCACCAUCCGUCGUCUGGUCAAGUCCCAGAGCUUCUACUGGACUGUGUUGUGUCUGGUUGGCCUCAACACGUUGUGUGUAGCCAUUGUGCACUACGACCAACCGGACUGGCUCACCUAUGCCCUAUAUCUGGCAGAGUUUGUAUUCCUGGGCCUGUUUUUGGCAGAGAUGUCCAUGAAAAUGUAUGGACUUGGACCCCAGAACUACUUCCACUCCUCAUUCAACUGUUUUGAUUUCGGGGUGAUCAUCGGCAGUAUAUUUGAGGUGAUCUGGGCUGCCAUUAAACCUGGAGCCUCAUUUGGGAUUAGUGUCCUGCGAGCUCUGAGACUGCUCAGGAUCUUCAAAGUCACCAAGUACUGGAACUCCUUAAGGAACCUGGUGGUAUCGCUGCUCAACUCUAUGAAGUCCAUCAUCAGCCUGUUGUUCCUCCUCUUCCUCUUCAUUGUGGUCUUCGCUCUGCUCGGGAUGCAGCUGUUUGGUGGCCAGUUUAAUUUUGAAGACGAAACACCGACAACUAACUUUGACACAUUCCCAGCAGCCAUUCUCACUGUGUUCCAGAUCCUAACUGGGGAAGAUUGGAAUGCGGUCAUGUACCACGGGAUCGAAUCACAGGGGGGCGUUCAUAGGGGAAUGUUCUCCUCCAUUUACUUCAUCAUUCUCACGCUCUUCGGAAACUACACACUUCUCAACGUCUUCCUGGCCAUUGCUGUUGAUAAUCUUGCAAAUGCCCAGGAGCUCACUAAGGAUGAAGAGGAGCAAGAGGAGGCCAUCAAUAAGAAACUCGCACUCCAGAAGGCCAAGGAGGUAAAGGAGGUCAGCCCUAUGUCAGCUGCUAACAUUUCCGUCACAGCUUUUCUAACACGCACUCGAGGUAACGCGCAUUCUAGCAGCUCAUCCAUCUGCAGCGUUAACUCACUGAGUUAUGUCUGCACCCCAGUCCAUCACUUCCUGAGUAAGGAGCAGCAGAAGUCGGUGAAGACGAUGUCAGUGUGGGAGCAGAGGACCAACCAGCUGAGGAGGCAGAACCGGCCUGGUUGUGAGGCCCUGUACAAUGAGCUGGAGCCAGAGGAGCGUCUCCGGCUGUCCUCGGCGCUACACAUCCGGCCCGACAUGAAGACCCACCACGACCGGCCACUGCUUGUUGAGCCCCAUGAUGGGCCUUUGCUGGGUGAUCACCAGCACCACCAUCAUAAGCCCAGCAUGCUAGAAGAGGCUGAGACUGCAGACCCUUUGCCUCACCAGAAUCGCCGUCAUCAUCGACACAGAGACAGGGACCGGAUCAGAACGAAAGAGGAGACAAAUGAUAACGGUGACACUGGUGGGAAGCAACACGUCCAUCACAGUCGCUCUAAAGACCACGACGGUAGCCGGGGCAAAGAGGGAAAGACCGAGAGAUCCCACAGCCGAGAGGGAGGCAGAAAGCAUCACCAUCAGAGCUCGGUGGAGGACAGCGGAGGCGGAGGAGUCACAACUGAGAGAGAGCAUCGCCAUCAUCAUUCACAUCGGCAGGCCCGAGGGGGCAAUGGGACAGUGAGCAACGGUGGGAGGGGAGAAAGAAGAUCCCGGCACAAAGAAGGGCGUUCUUCAAACAGGGAUGGGGAUAGGAAUUCCAGAGGAGAGAGUGGUGGUAAUGGAGAGAAGAGGAGACAUCGGACUCAUGGAUCUAGGGGCCAAUCCACAGCUGAGGGAGAGGAUUCCAACGACAAAGAGAAGACCCAUGGUCACAGGUUUGGGGACUCAGAGGGGGAGUCCCUAGCCAUCUCACCCCAGCAGGGCUCUGGGGGGGGCGACUGGCCUCCUGACCGACCAGAGGACUCAGACAACCAGCGGAAUGUGAGAAGGACGGACCAAACGUCCAGCCACAAUCCUCCUGUGAAGGUUACCUGUCCACCUGGAGAGACCACCCUCAUACAAAUGAACAGUAUUGACUGUGAGACGAUGCCCAUGAAUGAGAAGACCCUGGAGGAUCUAGGUCAAAGUGGACCCAAACCCAUCCUGCCUUACAGUUCCAUGUUCAUGUUUGGACGGACCAAUCCGGUGAGGCGGUUGUGUCACUACAUUGUGACUCUGCGUUAUUUUGAGAUGUCAAUCCUAGUUGUCAUUACUAUGAGCAGUAUCGCUCUGGCAGCAGAGGACCCUGUCUGGACAAAUGCCCCUCGCAACAACGUGCUUAAAUAUCUGGAUUAUGUCUUCACUGGUGUUUUCACUUUUGAAAUGGUGAUCAAGAUGGUGGACCUGGGCCUACUGCUUCAUCCUGGAUCCUACUUCAGAGACCUGUGGAACAUUCUGGACUUCAUAGUGGUCAGUGGGGCGCUGGUGGCUUUUGCAUAUUCGAGCUUCAUGGGAUCGCAACAAGGUGUGACCAGGGGGACCAAAGGCAAAGACAUCAGCACCAUCAAGUCACUGAGGGUUCUGCGAGUUCUCAGACCGCUCAAGACCAUCAAACGUCUGCCGAAAUUAAAGGCAGUGUUCGACUGUGUGGUCAACUCUCUGAAGAACGUGCUGAACAUCCUCAUCGUCUACAUGCUCUUCAUGUUCAUCUUUGCCGUUAUUGCUGUUCAGCUCUUCAAAGGGAAAUUCUUCUACUGCACAGACGAGUCCAAGGGGCUAGAGAAGGACUGCAAAGGUCAGUUCUUGGACUACGACAAAGACGAGGUAGCUGCCAUGCCCAGAGAGUGGAAAAAGUACGAGUUCCACUAUGACAAUGUGCUGUGGGCCUUCCUGACCCUCUUCACCGUGUCUACUGGGGAGGGCUGGCCAACUGUACUAAAGCACUCUGUGGAUGCCACCUUUGAGGACCAGGGCCCCAGUCCGGGCUACCGGAUAGAAAUGUCCAUCUUUUAUGUGGUCUACUUUGUGGUCUUCCCUUUCUUCUUCGUCAAUAUCUUCGUCGCUCUGAUCAUCAUUACCUUUCAGGAGCAGGGAGACAAGGCCUUGUCUGAGUGCAGCUUGGAAAAGAAUGAGAGGGCAUGCAUUGACUUCGCCAUUAACGCCAAACCUCUGACGCGCUACAUGCCCAUGAACACGCAGUCCUUCCAGUACAGGAUGUGGAAGUUUGUGGUCUCCCCUCCGUUUGAGUAUUCCAUCAUGAUCAUGAUUGCUCUCAACACUGUGGUACUCAUGAUGAAGUUCCAUGGAGCUCCAGACUUCUAUGAAGCCAUGCUGAAGAACCUCAACAUCGUCUUCACCACUCUCUUCUCUCUGGAGUGUAUCCUCAAGAUCAUCGCUUUCGGUCCACUGAACUACCUGAAGGACGCCUGGAACGUGUUUGACUUUGUGACAGUGUUGGGCAGCAUCACUGACAUCCUGGUGACUGAAAUCAAUACAACGGACAGGCUGCUGAACCUGAGCUUCCUGAGGCUGUUCCGAGCCGCUCGGCUCAUCAAGCUGCUGAGGCAGGGUUACACCAUCCGCAUCCUGCUGUGGACCUUCGUUCAGUCCUUCAAGGCCCUGCCAUAUGUUUGCCUGCUGAUUGCUAUGCUGUUCUUCAUUUAUGCCAUCAUUGGGAUGCAGGUGUUUGGCAACAUUGACCUGAAUGAGGACACAGCAAUCAAUCACCACAACAACUUCCGCACGUUCCUUCAGGCUCUCAUGCUGCUGUUCAGGAGUGCGACUGGUGAGGCCUGGCAGGAAAUCAUGUUAUCGUGUUUGAGUCAACGAGCCUGUGAUGAGCGAUCAGGGAACCAAGGGAAGGAGUGUGGCAGUGAUUUUGCCUACUUCUACUUUGUCUCCUUUAUCUUCCUCUGCUCCUUCCUGAUGCUGAAUCUAUUUGUGGCCGUCAUCAUGGAUAACUUUGAGUACCUAACCAGAGAUUCCUCCAUCCUGGGACCUCAUCACCUCGAUGAGUUCAUCCGGGUUUGGGCCGAGUAUGACCCGGCUGCGUGUGGACGGAUUUCCUAUAAGGAUAUGUACAAUUUGUUACGCGUUAUCUCACCCCCCCUUGGCUUAGGGAAGAACUGCCCUAAUAGGGUAGCAUACAAGCGUCUCGUCAAGAUGAACAUGCCCAUCGCCGAUGACAACAGCGUACACUUCACCUCCACCCUGAUGGCCCUGAUUCGAACCGCCCUGGACAUCAAACUGGCCUCAGGUAUGGUAGGUCAGCGCUUGUCUGAUGCUGAGCUGAAGAAGGAGUUGUCCACUGUGUGGUCCAACCUCUCACAAAAGACCAUGAACCUGCUGGUGACGCCACAUAAACCCAAUGAACUGACGGUAGGGAAGGUUUAUGCCGCCCUGAUGAUCUUCGACUACUACAAACAGAACAGAGCGAGGAGGCUGCAGCUGCAGCAGCAGCAACAGAACGCAUCCGGCUCCCAGUGCAAGGUCGGGGCUCUGUUUAAGCCAUUGCUGCCUCUGACUCACAUGCAGGAGAAAGACCUGCCUAUGAUGUUUAACAGUGUGGAGCCUCCAAGCAUUCUUCUGCCCCAGCAGAAAUCCCAUGCCAAGUCGCAGCCACAGACCAGACCUAGCUCCAACUCCCUCAACAAUGGAGUCACGCAGCCUGGUCACGAUCACAACAUCAAGGUAUCAGCUUCCUGGGUGAUGGAGAAACCCAAGGAGGGGCCCCGAGCUAAGAGUAAAAGAAGCAUGUCCAGGGGCCCAUCAGAGGAUACACCAGACACUGCCAUCGUUCAGGAGUCAGUGGAGAUGAGGAAGAUGGAGACCAGUGUCAGCAGUAUAAUCCCAGUCCCUGGCACAGGUCUGGAGAACCAGGGCAGAGCUGCUUCUAUGCCUCGACUCAGUGCUGAGCUGCAGUGGGGCCCCUCACACCACACUCCGGGGGUCCAUCUUGCCUCUGUCCCUGAUGCCAGCCCUAUGAAGCGCUCAGCCUCCACUGCGGCGCCACAGCGACCCCAGGAGGUCAACCUGAGAGACUACACCCUGGAGAAACCCAGCCAGGACCGACCUCACCACCAUCACCACCACCGCUGCCACCACCGCCGAGAUCGAGAUAAAGACAGGGAGAGAGAGAAAAGGCAGAGGUCUUUGGAUACACCUCUAGGUGGACAACCUCCAGGCUCUGCUGAAGAGCCGGCGUCUGACCCAGCUGCCUCCAGAGAGCGGGCCCAUGACCGCGGACGCUCACACGAGAGGAAACACCACCACUCCUCUGUGGACAAGCAGCGCUACUACUCCUGCGACCGCUUCUGCAGCCGGGAACACUGCCACAGCAAAUCUGCCACCGCUAGCUGUGCCGCCUCCCCCUGUGAGGGGCAGGAAACCAGCAACAAGCAGGGCAGUGGUUGGGUUAAAGGCAGCCCAGUGGCAUUGAGUUCCAGUUCUAGCACGCCAAGCCGCGGACGUCGGCAGCUCCCCCAGACCCCCCUUACCCCACGGCCAGGGGUGGCCUACAAGACUGCCAAUUCCUCCCCCGUGCACUUUGUGUCCAGCCAGGCCUCUGUGAGUCCCGGCCGGCUGAGCCGCGGCCUGUCGGAGCACAACGCCAUCCGGCACAGCAGCUCCCUCCACAUCCCCUGCCCCGUCACUCGUAUCAGCUCCGAGCCCUUCCUGGGCCGGGGCCACGGCGAUGCCCUGGGCAGCCCUUACGGCAGCCUCCGGGACCAGCUGGACGUCUUCCAGGAUGUGGCGUCAUUCUCGCCCAGCCCCCGUACCGGACGCUCAUCUUGGACCGCACUGCCUCGCAUGAUGGGAGCCCUGCCUCCGGCUCCACAGCAGAACCUUGGGGUGCCCAAUGGGUACCACUUCAGCUUUGGGGGCAACACCAGCCCAGGCUCUGGCGUCAGGGCACCCAGGUAUUACCAGGAGGCAGAGGAGGAUGAAUGGUGCUAGCAUGGCUUUAAACCAACCUUUUUAAUGCAUUUUGAGGAACUGUGAUGAGUUUUAUCAUCUUCUUUAAAGGCUUUAGUUUACAUUGUCACUGUGUGUUUAAUGCUGUAUUUGAAUCCUAACUGAGUGAGCUAAGGUGUGGGAGAACAUCUAUAAAAGGAGAACACUUGAAAUGGGUAAUAUUUGAAUGUGAUCAAGAAAUCAUCAUCUUUGUCAAAGGGCACAUAGCAUCAACAAACUGAGCAGUAGUCAGAUACAUGUAUCUUUCAGUAGCUAUCCUUGAUUUGCUUUGACUUCGGUGUUUUGUUGACACCACCAUAUCGACCCUCAAACUGCAUUACAGUACAAACACAAUGUACGUGUAUGUUACAAUGGUAAUACCUCUUUGCUUUAAUGGUGUACAGUAGAUAGACCAGCAGACCUGCUAUGUGUCAUUCAUAAGUACUGUGUGUAUACCAGGGAAACAAUUUAAGAAAACACAAUGCUAUGUAUUUCUGUUCUAAAGGAUGUUCCAAUUAGUUUUUGGCAAAAAUAAUUUUACAAUAACCAAAAGCAGCAUUCAAGUUUUUUUCUGACAUUUGGAGGCAGCACAACAAACUGUAAACACAACACUAUUGUACUAUCACUGAAUCAAGUUGACAAGGCUAACGUGUUACCUAACUACACCCAGCAGACACGGUGCAACCGUAGCAUUCAUUUGGACUCGUGUUUCUGAUCAGCAGAGAAUGAAAUUCCAGCAGUGACGCUCCUUUUAGCUCCACUAUGGUCUCAUCCAAUCAUGAGAAAAAUAUCUUCUUCUGCUAAAUGCUAUUCCCAUGAUAAGAGUCAGAACAGUAAAGGCUGUCAAACCAAAACAAAAAGCGGAAAGAAUCUAAAACAUCCAUUGGGUUAGAACUACUUCAGCUUCAAUUUUAAGUUGUACACGAUCUGAUCUGAUUACCAGGUGAAAUGACCUUUGCAAAGACAUUUGAAAACAAUACGUGAUAAACUGAGAACACUGCUCACUGCAGUCAGAUUAACACAUAGAACCAAACAGCGUUGUUGAACUUGAGGUGCAACAGUGCUUCACUCAGACAGGGCCGCACUCAGACUGGUUAACAGACACGUCAACAUUACACCCAACAGCACAACAUACUGUAUAACAGAGCAUCUCCUUUUCAAAUUAAACUUUGCUAUUGAUUCUAACAGUCGCUGAAGUGCGUUUGAGAGUCACUAUGGCAGGUUCAACACAAAGUGAUGGCACUGCCAACAUAGAAACGGGACAAAAAGCCGUCAGUCCCUCAUUGAAAUGUUUGGAAAUAAAUAACCUCAAAGACAUUAUGACACCGUACAAAUGGCUGUGAUGCUCUUUAGUGUAGGACCGUACCAUUCUAUGAUUAUGCUUAAUCCUUUAUGACAUUCCCUCUGGUCAGUGGAACAGAUGAAGUGCUGUCACACAGGCAGCGGCGAUUGUUUAUCUGUUCCCUGUUUCUUGCAAACUUGAAGAGAGAAGCAAAAGUAACCGACUGACAGAUUUGUUUUCUAUAAAAACUUUUCUUGUAGAUGUUCUUUUUUCUUUGAGCCAUUUGUUUUUGUAUGACAUGAAGAAAAAAAACAUCAAAGGUGUGUUUUAUGUGAACUGCUUCCAGUUUGCCAUCGUUUCAGGUCUAAUGUUUCUUGCGAUGUUUUAUGACGAAGUGCCUAUCCUUUUAGAUAUACUGUAGAAAAAGAUGCAAUGUCAACUGUUUUCUAAUGCAUCCACACUUGAGUAGAUGUUUGGUUCAUUCUGGAUGUAGCUCUGCCGGAAAACAUGUUGUACAGAAAGCCUUAUCUGCGAGGAGAGAGAGAGAGAGAGAGAGAGAGAGAGAGAGAGAGAGAGAGAGAGAGAGAGAGAGAGAGAGAGAGAGAGAGAGAGAGAGAGAGAGAGAGACGAUAACCUACAGUACGCUGAAAAGACAGGGAUCGAAUAAUUACCUUCUGAACGUUGAUUCUUUUUCUUGUUUUUGAUAAACUACGUGUAGGUGGGGCAGCCAGAAUAACAUUGUGGAAAUGCUCUGAAAACUGCAUAAAUAUAUUUAUCCAGUUACAUUAAUGCCAGUAACACGUUGUGCAUGUUUAGAUUGUAGACCUGUUCAAGCACCUGCUCUGACCAACUCUUUUUUAUAUGUUUAUUGGAAAGGAUGUCACAGAGGGAGCCUGACAAGCUCCUGAAUUUGGACUGUUCUGUGUGUGUGUGUGUGUGUGUGUGUGUGUGUGUGUGGGUAGCUAAAGUCUAAUGACUGGGGGGUGUUAAUGUGUGUGCACUUUCUGAUCACAGUAGCAAAUUGGUAUUUAAGUCAACAAGGGCCCUGUUCGUGUGUGUGUGUGUGUGUGUGUGUGUGUGUGUGUGUGUGUGUGUGUGUGUGUGUGUGUGUGUGUGUGUGUGUGUGUGUGUGUGUGUGUGUGUGUGUGUGUGUGUGUGUGUGCGCGUGUGUGUGUGUGUGUGGAUUCAAAUUAACAUCAGUAGGUAUCUGAUAUAUUUUGCAUUUAUUGAUCCAGUUUGAUGUUUGGUUUGGUUUCUUCUUUUUUCACUCUCUCAUUCACUUCUGGCAAAAACAAAAAACAACAACAGUGAUCCUGUAAUGUCAUGCCAUGUAUUUCCAGCAGCUACUGUACCAUGGAGAUUGACAGCAGGAAAAGUUACAGCAAGCUAAUUCCUUCAUAUAAAACAUCAGGAUUUGGAGUGGGAAUGAAAAGGUUCUGUUUUUCUAGAGCUGCCAGUUUGUGCUGGAGUUCAAAGGUCACACAGAAGGAAACAGUUUAGAGUGACUAACUUCUCCACCCACACCAACAACACACCUGCAUUGUUAGCUAUGUCCCAAAUCCAUACCAUAUUCAAACUGAGCUGGUUUUCAGUUCAUACAGUGUUCACACUGAAAAUCUCUCUCUCUCUCUCUCUCUCUCUCUCCCCUUCUCUCUCUCUCUCUCUCUAUAUAUAUAUAUAUAUAUAUAUAUAUAACUGGAAUGGCAUUCAGUAGGAUGCAUACCUCCGCUUAAGUCCAACAAUUCUCUUAUGAAACCACAAUAAAAUUCAUUAGAUCGGGAUUUUUCCUUGGAUCUGCUCCAAAUAGCACAUACUCAUAAAUAUCAAAUCUUCUUUGAGAAAUCAACAAAAAUGUUGAAAAAUGCCUCAUCUUGCAAUGUUACAGAAAGGGAAAAUUAUUGUACUAUCUCUCUGCAUAUGAAAAAGGUAAAGUAAAAACCAACAACUGUGAGGUGUGGGGCAUAAAAACGCUUGAAUAAAUACCAAAUACAUUUAUUUCUGUUAAAUUCAACUGCCAGUAUCAUUCCAAAUUGGCAGUUUGGUCUGUUGAUCUUCCUUGUUUGUCAUCUAACAGUAUCCUUCUGAAACCAGUUGUUGGCAGAUGUAAAAGAGUUUUAUACAGACUUGUUAGAUGUAGUUAUAAGGAGUAGUGGAUCCUUCCUGGUGGACAAACUACAGUGUGUACUGAUGAUGCCAAACACACUGUGAACUAUCAGUAUGCUGUAAGGAAUUGGGACACAGCUAAUAUGUCCGUAAACAUAUUGAAAAGCAUAUGAAAAGCAAAGACUUACUGCCUUUUUCUGGGGCUUGUCAAAAUGAAUUCUAGGAAAUGUAGGACAACCUUUAGAACUAAAAGUACAAUAGAAGCAGGUUUGUCAUGUGUGAUCAGAUAUAAACACUGCGUUUAAUACUGAGACUCUAAUAAAAAACUAAAUCUCAUUUGGCUCUGUUAGACUGUCGCCUAAAGAUAAAUGAAAAAAAACAAUUCCUGAAAUCCACAGAGCUGCCACCAGUAAGACUGGCUGCCUCACUCACCUCUGCUUCCAAUUUGAAGGGAGAAGUUCUGCAGCUGUCAGAAUUCUAGAAAAAACACCUUCUCACCAUCUGUAAGGACUGUGUCCACACCUGGAACCACUCUGCUCACAUAGACGUGGGCUGAAUUCACACACAAACCAUAUUUGUUAUAUGCAACUUUACUUUGUGCACAUGACUGAUGUCACCAUCAGAUUGUCUGUGGUGAAACUGGGAUAAUCUGCAGCAGCAGGUAGAGGAUGGGGGUUGGGGGUACAGUACAAGGGCCAGACACAACACAACAGAUAUGCAACAAGACAAACCCACUUCUCCAUCCAUUCUGUAGCUUCUUCAUGUUGGUCUCUUCAGAUUCAGGCUUCAGCAUGAGUGUGACCAAAUGUUUUCUAGAAAAUGCCUUGGGAAAAAAAUGCAGAGAAAAAAAGAAGGUAAAAUACAUAAGGGCACAAAGUGUAAACAAGAAACAGAACAUUUAGGAUUACAGCAACUUUAUACUUAUAUUUGCAUGCAUAACAUUUACCCACCUUGACAAUGUCAAAUGGAAAUUCCAUGGCUGAAAAUGGGAGGUGGUGUUUCUUGUUAGGUCGUAAUAAAAGGGUUCUGAUGAAUCAACCUUGAGUAGUGUCAAAGUCGUUCUUUUCAUCAAUGACAGGAACACAUUCUGAUGAAGAGAGAUCCCAUUCAUUACUCGAAAGGUUUUGUCCGACCAUGGCAGAACAAUCCUCAAAGCACCUGAACCUUCUAAAUCUAUGGCCUCUGUGUAGCUUCAAAAGAAACCGUGCAUUCUGGGAAAGUGAUCUCUUAUGUUUGGACCCCACAGUGUCUGUGUCCAAGUCUGGACCAAUUGGCCACCAAACAUGGGGAGCGUUCCAAUCUCUUUAUUUCUGCAUACUAUUGGCCACUACUAUAGAUGUGGCUGUUUUUUGAUAAAAUACAGAAGUUUGCAUGUUCUAACAAUGUAUGUGCAUGUAGAAAACUUAGUACUUUUAGAUACCAUGUGUUAUUUUGUUGUUGAUUUUUAAUAUUUUGUAUAAACUGUGGGGUUCGCUAAAAAGACACAUUUCUAUUAACUACAGUAUUGACCAAUGUUGAGAGUUUCCCCCCCCUGUGCAGCAGAGCUGGGACAUUCCUUUAUUUGGGUCUUGGGAUUCAGUGAAAUGUUUGUUUGCCUGAUUUUAUGUUUCUUUGCCAGACUUUGAAUUCUACAGUUGUUUCUAACAUUUUGUAUGAAGCAAAGUUCCUUGAAAUAAAAAAGAGUUGAAAUGA